AUGCCGGGGCUGGUUCUAGUCCUGUGGGCUCUGCUGGUGUCUUCGGACUGUGCUGGCGGAGCCACUGAGCCAGGUGAGAACCUGAGCUGCUACCAGUGCUUCAAAGUCACGAGCGGGCAGCUUUGCAAGCCCACCGCAUGCGCCUCCACCGAUCGGGUCUGCAUCUCCCACGCGGUGAUCGUCACCCUGAGAUUACGGACGGGGAUUUUGCUCAGCAAGCGCUGUGCUCCCAGGUGCCCCAACACCAACAUGCAGCUUGAGUGGUCGCCGGGCCCCGGGGUGCUCAGAAAGGUCACCAGGCAGUGCUGCUCCGGGUCACUCUGCAACAGGGCGCCCCCCCUGCAGGAGGGUCCCUGGGCCCUUCCAAAGGGGCUCCUGCUGCCCCUGGGCCUCGGCCUUCUCUGGGUCCUGCUGUGAGCACCUUCCCCUCAGCCCCAAAGCCCACCCUGUCCUCCCACCUCUGUCUUGCCCCCAUCGCUCUCAAGACCCUGGGUGGGAUGUUCCCCUCAGGGGUGGUAGGAGGUAUCGUCACCUUGCCCUGGGCCCGGCCACCUCUCCUGUCCCCAGCAGGGGCCCUUCGCUCACACAGCCUGGGAUUGUAGUCCCCGUCUGGGGCUGGGGGGUCCAUGGGGGAAGGAAUGGGCG